AUCGUGUCGUAGAUCGGCCGCCUGAGUGCGAAGCCGGAACACAAAAAUGCAACUGAGAGUCUUGAAGUUCCUGCUGCUGGCUCUGGUGGGGCUGCAGCAUUUGGAGCUAAGCACUGGAUCGCGCAUCUUGACUGCCUUCUUCUUUCCUGGGAAGAGUCAUUUUAUGAUGCUGAAUGCCGUUAUCAGGGAGUUGGUGCAGCAUGGACAUGAGGUCACCAACAUCACGCCCUUCUCAUUGGCCAAGGAAAACCUGGGCUUGAAUUACACAGAGAUUGUAAUACCUCAAUACAACUUCUGGCCCUCAAUUCUGGAAACGACAAAAGUCAACUCUGUCGUGGAGCUAACUGAUGUCUCUACUUUGACGCUGCUUAAGCUCUUCUAUGAGAUGGGACUGAAGAGCACAAGUAUGGCUUUCGAAUCUCCUGAGGUGCUAAAACUUAUCCAUGCAAAGGAUAAGGCGGGAAAGUACGAUUUGUUGCUUGUCGAACAGUUCUUCAAUGAGGGCGCCCUCUUUCUGGGUCAUCUCUAUCAAGUGCCUGUCAUAAACCUGUUUACCUUCACCUUUGCCAACUACAUGAGUUCCUUGACGGGCAUCGUCACGCCUUGGUCAUACGUGGCCCAUGGCUGGAAGCCCUAUACGGAUCGCAUGUCCCUCUCGGAACGCAUUGACAAUGUCUACGUCUCACUGGCCGAAGAGCUCAUGCGAAAAUACUGGUACUAUCCAGCUCAGGACGGGAUACUGGAGCAACACUUUUCCAAGACGUUCGAUAGGCUGCCUUCCAUUAGGGAAAUGGAACGCAACAUUUCAGUUAUUCUGCUGAAUACCUAUAUGCCACUCGAAGCUCCUAGGCCCGUUUCCUUCAAUAUGAUUCCAGUGGGUGGACUACACAUAAAACCCCCAAAGCCUUUGCCGCCUAAAAUGCAAAAGUUCUUGGAUGAAGCUGUGCAUGGAGCCAUCUACUUCAGUUUGGGCUCCCAAGUACGUUGCGCUGACUUUCCGCCUGAGAAGCUCAAGAUAUUCCUGGAUGUAUUUGCCCGCCUUAAGCAACGCGUCCUAUGGAAGUUCGAGGAUGACAAAUUGCUCAAGCUUCCACCCAAUGUGAUGACCCAGGAUUGGUUGCCCCAGACUGAUAUACUCGCCCAUCCGAACGUCAAGGUUUUCAUCUCCCAUGGAGGUCUUUUCGGCACUCAGGAGGCGGUUCACUAUGGUGUGCCUGUGCUCGGCAUGCCAGUCUAUGCCGAUCAGUAUUUGAAUAUUAAAAAGGGUCAAAUUGCUGGCUACACAAUGGGCGUGGAUUACCGCACUGUUGCGGAGCAGGAGCUGCGCCAUGCCUUGACUGAGCUGUUGGAAAACCCCAAGUACCGCGAUAACAUAAAGCGUGCUUCACGCAUCUUCCGCGAUCGUCCACUGAGUGCAAUGGAUACGGCCAUGUACUGGAUCGACUACGUCAUUGAACAUCGUGGAGCAGCACAUUUGGUAUCCGAGGGUCUGAACUUGCCCUGGUAUCAGUUCUAUCUCCUAGACAUAGCUGGCAUUGCCGUAGCUCUAGUCUUAUUUCCUUUAUUGGCUCUGCUGCUCAUCUGCCGCAGCUUGCGGUCGGCGAAGAAGCUCAAAGCGAAGUCCAAGCGAAACUAGAACAAAAUUCUCUUUUUUUUGAUAACUCAAAACGAUUUAUUGAUAAACAAAUGUGUGCUAUGAUUAUGUUAAUUAGUUUGAAUAAAUUUAUAAAAUUG